AUGUCUGCUUCUGCCUCCCAAUUUCAACAGCUGGAGAAACUAGGAGAGGGCACAUACGCCACAGUCUUCAAAGGACGGAACCGUGCGCUGGGCACGUUUGUGGCGCUGAAAGAAAUCAAUCUGGACAGCGAAGAAGGCACGCCAUCUACAGCUAUAAGAGAGAUUUCCAUCAUGAAAGAACUGAGACACGAGAAUAUUAUCACCCUAUACGACGUCAUACACACGGAAAAUAAGCUGACCUUGGUGUUUGAAUACCUUGAUAAGGAUUUGAAAAAAUACAUGGACACUAACGGUUACAAUAAGAGUGGUGCUUUGGAGCCGCAUGUGGUCAAGUCCUUCAUGUUCCAGCUGCUCCGAGGAAUUAUGUUUUGUCACGACAACAGGGUGCUUCACCGCGACUUGAAGCCUCAAAACCUUCUUAUCAGCAGCAAGGGCGAACUGAAGUUGGGAGACUUUGGUUUGGCCAGAGCUUAUGGCAUUCCAGUCAACACCUUCUCUAACGAGGUUGUCACUCUGUGGUAUCGCGCCCCAGAUGUGUUGCUCGGAUCUCGCAGUUACUCCACGUCGAUCGAUAUGUGGUCCGCAGGGUGCAUCAUGGCAGAAAUGUUUACCGGUAAACCUCUCUUCCCUGGCUCCUCGAACGAGGACCAAUUGCUCAAGAUCUUCAGAAUCAUGGGUACACCAAACGAGAGGACAUGGCCAGGUGUCACCAAUUAUCCGAACUAUAGAUCCAAUUUCAACGUUUUCAUCCCUCAAGAUCUGCACACACUGAUUCCAAAUAUGGACAACCUCGCAUUGAACCUGUUGCAAGGAUUGCUUCAGAUGAGACCCGAGCUUCGACUUAGCGCUCGUCAAGCUCUCCAGCACGCCUGGUUCAACGAUUUUACUGGAAACGCUGCCAGUGUCUCCCCGGUGUUUGAACAAACCACGCAGCAGCCGCAGCUGCAGCAGUAUAACUACUAGUUGAAGAUCUUAAUAACUCCUGAGGUCGGUUGAAGCCCUAGCUUUUCAAGCUGGUGGAAAUAGCUAUAGUUCUUCGACUCCAGGAUAAAAUUCCACACCUCGAGGUCAGAAGCCAAUUUGGUGACAUCAUACUCCUUGAUUAUCAACUUCAGGAGAUUGUGCUCGUUGAACUUCAAACAGUUGACAAUGACGCUGGGAUCGGUGAGUUUUGACUUGGCCGGCCUAUUGCGAUCAAUGAGUCGCUGAUAUACCUUAGUGUCUAUAAUUUCGUUUUCAAAGCCAGAUCGU